AUGGCUGGCAUUGCUCUGUUGUUAUCAGAAAAGACACUGUUAAGUGAUUCUCAAUGCAUUAACAAAUCCUUUCUGUAUAAUGGAUUUAAAGAUUGGCUUGGCGAUUCUAUUUUUAUGAGAAGUGACGAAGCUCAUAGAGAAAGGAAGAAAUUAUUGUUGCCCGCCUUUCGCCUAACAACAUUGCAUUCAUUUAUUCCAAUAAUCGAGAAGAAUGCUAGAAAAUUAGUUGACGUGCUGAUAGAAAACGAGAAAGUUUUCGUAGUACGUGUUGUCAAACUGUGCGGAUUUAACAUUUUGUAUGAUAAUAUUCUUGGUGUUAAAGAUGAUUCUACUUAUAGAGAAAGAAGUUUUUACUAUGAAAAAUUAAUAACCGCAACAUUUAAGCCAGUACUUGAUAGAUCAAUUAAUUUUCUGAUGUCGUUCGACUUCUUGUUUUAUUUGACAUUAAAAGGGAAAGAGUUUAAAUCAAACAAGGAAACUUUAAGGAAAUUUACAAAACAGAUAAUUGCUGAAAAAAUUCGACGACGUGAAGACGAAGAAAACACGACCGAAAUUAAUGGAAAUCGAAAAUCUCUGUUGGACUUUCUCUUGGAUGCUAGAGAUAAAAAUCCAGAAAUGACCAUUGAUAGCAUCUGCCAAGAGAUCGAAUUUUUUCUUGGUGCUAUACAACUUAGCAGAUUUCUUCUUAGUAUAUAA